CAGAAAGAACAGUAAAAAUGCAGGCAGGGCGCCGGACAAAGCACUCGGGACAAAAUGUAUAAAAAAAUGACAUUUUUUAACAUUUUAAAAUUUCCUGCUGGUUCCGGCGCCCGUACGUCACAGGGACCGGAACACGGAAGCCGGAUGCCGACAUCGGCCGGAAGAGAUGGCCUAGGGCAAAGCAGGGGACACAUUGCGGGAGCGAAGGACAAGGUAAGCUCUGUAGGGAAUCCCUGAGCAAUGCCGCAUGGUAAGCCCGAGUGUAGCUCGGGGGGGGUUACCGCUUUUGGUACAGACAU